AUCCCGUUAAACGAGGUUUCGAGGAAGAAGAAGUGCCGGUUUUUGUCUUUAAAGACACACACCGGCUUCUCUGACCCGUGAAAAAAACCGCGAUUACUUGAUCCCGCCGGCAGAUCUGGCAACCCUGGUUGGAUUAGAAAACAUUCCAUCUGUCAAGGAAGUCGGCUGGGACUUUCAAAAAAAAAUGGAAAACACGAAGUGAAAACUUUUCGACAUCGGAGAAAGUGGCUUGCGUUUCGGACUGGUGGGGGCCGACAGCCGGGGACUACGGUCGUUGAGAAGAUGUGUUCCAUUAAAUGAAGCGCUGCGUCCGUCGUGUUUGUCGCUGUAAGUCGAGGCGUUAUCCGCCGAGCCGAAAGACGACGACGUUAACGGUCACCUAGCUUAGAGCGACUCGGGCUAGCUCUCUCCGACGGGGCUUCGCGUUAACUUUUAAAUGGACGACCUCGCUCUUCGUCGGCGCGAUUCCUUCAAACGGACCCCGAUAGAAGCGCCUGCGCGUCGCUAACGUGUCUCGUGAAAUGUGUGUCCCCGUCCGCAGAUCCGCUGACGGGAUGGCAGGUAUCCUAACGUACGUGGAGGAUCUGAAACGGGGACUGAAGCUGGACGCCCUGAGGGAAGCCGGGCGGCAGUACCCGGUCUUCUGCUACCUGCUGCUGUCCAUGGCCUCUCUGACUGUGCUGUUCAGCAGGUAUAUCCACAUCCUGAUGGUCUUCUGGUCUUUCCUGGCUGGUGUCAUCACUUUCUAUUGCUGCCUUGGACCAGAGUCUCUUCUCCCAAAUAUCCUCUUCACCAUAAAGCCAAGAAACAAACUGCAGGAGCAGGAGUUGUUUCCUCUGGGCCACAGCUGUGCCGUGUGUGGGAAGGUCAAGUGCAAACGUCACCGGCCGACGCUGCUCCUUGAAAAUUAUCAGCCAUGGCUAGACCUGAAGGUUCAUUCAAAAGUGGACGCUUCAGUGGCAGAGGUGUUCGAGUUGGUUCUCGAGAACUUUGUGUACCCCUGGUACAGGGACAUCACAGAAGACGAGGCAUGUGUAGACGAACUGAGGAUGACCUUUCGCUUCUUCGCAUCAGUCCUCGUCCGCCGAGCUCACAAGGUUGAUAUCCCGUCUGUGUUUGCAGACAAAGUGAUGAAAGCUGCAAUGAAGCACAUUGAAAUUAUUGCAAAAGCUCGAGGAAAAGUGAAGAAUGCGGAGGGUUUACAGCAGGCAGCUCUGGACGAAUACGGUGCUGAUCUACACAUCGCUCUGCGCGGCCGGAAAGACGAGCUGUUCUACCUGAGGAAGCUGACUGAGAUGCUGUUUCCCUACGUCAUGCCUCCCAAAGCAACAGACUGCAGGUCUCUGGCUCUGCUGCUGCGGGAGGUGAUGGCUGGAUCUGUCAUCCUACCAACCAUGGACUUCAUGGCCGACCCUGACACUGUGAACCUCAUGGUGCUCAUAUUUGUUGAUGACACUCCACCGGAACCAGCCACAGAGCCUCCUUCUUCCCUGGUUCCAUUUUUACAGAAAUAUGCCGAUGUCAGCAACAAAAAGCCGUCUGUGCUGAAGUUGGAGCUGAGGGAGAUCAGGGAUCAGCAGGAUCUCCUUUUUCGUUUUAUGAACUUCCUGAAGCAGGAAGGAGCCGUGCAUGUGUUGCAGUUCUGCCUCGCUGUGGAGGAGUUCAACGAUAAGAUCCUGAGUCCGGAGCUGAAUGACUCCGAGCUGCGGCGUUUACAUGGUGAGGUGCUGCACAUCUAUGAGACCUACUGCCUGGACGAAAGCAUCGACAAGAUCAGCUUUGACCCGUUCAUCGUGGAGGAGAUAAGAAACAUUGCUAAAGGUCCAUACACCGCUGUGGUGAAGCUGCAGACCAUGCGCUGCCUGUUUGAGGCUUAUGAACACGUCCUGUCUCUGCUGGAGAGAGUCUUCACCCCGAUGUUCUGUCACAGUGAUGAAUACUUUAGGCACCUGCUGAGGGGAGCAGAGUCUCUGACAAGGAACUCAAGAAUCAACAGAAAUAGCUUCAUUCUGGAAGAAAACCGAAACACGUCAAAACGAGGGGAGUCGUUCGGGAUCAGCAGAAUUGGCAGCAAAAUCAAAGGUGUGUUCAAGAGCACCACCAUGGAGGGUGCCAUGCUGCCGCCCAGCGCCAUGAACGACAUCGACGACGAUGUGGUGGAGGAGGCGACCGUCGUGAUGGAGGACGAUUCCCCCGCCCAGCCGGCCACCACGCCGGGCACCCAGAGGAACCUGUCGGCCUGGAUCAUCACCAUCCCCUACAUCGACAUCUUUGACGACGAGGUCAAGAGGGAGAGGAUCCCCGUCUUCUGCAUCGAUGUGGAACGCAAUGACAGAAAGGAAGUUGGUCAUGAAACUGAGAAGUGGUCGGUCUUCAGGAGAUACCUGGAGUUCUACGUGCUAGAAUCCAAACUCACUGAAUUCCACGGAACAUUUGCAGAUGCACAGCUUCCCUCCAAAAGAAUCAUCGGACCAAAGAAUUAUGAGUUCCUCGCAUCAAAAAGGGAAGAAUUUGAGGAAUAUUUGCAGAGACUCCUGCGGCAUCCAGAGCUCAGUAACAGUCAGCUGCUGGCAGACUUCCUGUCUCCUCACAGCAUGGAGUCUCAGUUCCUGGACAGGAUGCUGCCUGAUGUCAACCUCGGGAAAAUUUUCAAGUCUGUACCGGGGAAGCUGAUGAAAGAGAAAGGACAGAACCUGGAGCCUUUCAUACAGUCUUUCUUCAACUCCUGUGAGUCGCCCAAACCCAAACCCAGCCGACCCGAGCUGACCAUCCUCAGCCCCACGGCAGAGAACAACAAGAAGCUCUUCAACAGCCUGUUUAAGAACAACGCAAACCUGUCGGAGAGUUCGGAGAAGAGACACAACCACAACUGCUUCAUGGAACUGGUCACCGUUCAGGGCAUGUAUGACUACAUGAUGUAUGUUGGUCGAGUGGUGUUCCACAUGCCGGACUGGCUGCAUCACAUCCUGGCUGCCGGGAGAAUCCUGUUCAAGAACACGUUUGAGGCCUACAUGGACCACUACAUGCAGUCCAAACUGGAGCAGAUCCUUCAGGAGCACCGCAUGGUGUCUCUCAUCACACAGCUCAGAGACGCUGUGUUCUGUGAGAACAGCGAGGACCGAACCACGGAGGACAAACAAAUCAGAGCCAAGCAGACGUUCGAGGAGAUGAUGAAGUAUUUACCAGACUUUGUGGGAAAGUGCAUCGGCGAGGAUGCGAAAUAUGAAGGUAUCCGGCUCCUCUUUGACGGUUUCCAGCAGCCGCUCCUCAACAAGCAGAUGACGUACGUCCUGCUGGACAUCGCCAUGCAGGAGCUGUUUCCUGAACUCAGCAAGCGACACAGGUAGCCAAUCAAAAGCAGUUCGUAAUUGUAUUAAUUUUCUAUGGGAUGUGAGCACUUUCCCUUCAAGAUGCACAACACAAACACUACGCCUGCGACUCGAAUGUAACGUUAAAUCAAGGGGUAGAAACUACGUCCACGUUCUGUACAUUACUGUUUGUAGCAAAUCUAGGAUUCUUCUUUUGCUUUUUUCUUUUGGCUUUUAGUUUGGGGAAAUCCAGCCUUGGCUUUUUUAUUUAUUUAUAUAAUUUAAGCCGUUUUACCUGUUGUUGUGUGUUUUCUUCUCUGAUUUUAGUCCCGUGUUUGUAAAGCGCGUGGCGAUUCACCUUUGCAUGAGAGCCACCGUACCGGCUCUGAACCUUUUCACUGCAUGAACGCUCUUUACUCUGACACAGCGAUAAACUGAGGUGAUGAUCAGCCGAGCGCGAGCGUUCACGUCGAUGUUUCCUCCUCGGCAGGGAGCGAAGGAAUCGAUCGUCAUGUGAGCCUGAAGACUGUGUCCACGUCCUGGACGGUGGAAGUGCAAUACUCAACUAUUUCCAAAACCUCUGGGAGCAUCUCUACAUUCCAAUGUAUAUUAAUGCAAAAUAAAAAGAUAUAUAAAUAUAUAUAUAUAUAUUUAUUGAUGUC